CAAGUCCUCUUCCCUAUAAAUCCACUUUCAACUAAGCAGGCCUUUCACAUUUCUACGGCUAAAGAAGAAAACAAAGAAAAUAAUGUCUGUCACCACUCUCCACCUCUCUCUCAUCCCCUUCCUCUUCCUCUCCCUCGCCACCAUAGCAUUUUCUGAUGAAGACUGUGUAUACACAGUGUACAUAAGAACAGGAUCCAUCAUCAAAGGAGGCACGGACUCCAUCAUAAGCGUUAGACUGUACGACUCUUAUGGUAAGGGCUUGGAGGUCCCAGAUCUUGAGAGAUGGGGAGGGCUAAUGGAGCCAGGUCACAACUACUUCGAGAGGGGCAAUUUGGACAUUUUUAGUGGAAGAGCACCAUGUUUGAGUUCACCAGUGUGUGCAUUGAACUUGACAUCUGAUGGGUCAGGUUCAGGCCAUGGUUGGUACGUUAACUACGUGGAGGUGACUACAACUGGGGUCCAUGCGGCUUGUUCACAAAAGCAGUUCACCAUUGAGCAGUGGCUGGCUCUUGAUACUUCGCCUUAUGAGUUAACUGCUAUUAGGAAUUAUUGUGAUUAUCCUGAUGUUAAGAAAUCUGCCGGAGCUUCAUUCAUGUGAGAGACCUUUUUUUUUUCAUAAGGUUAAUUUGUGUGUGGUGUUGGGUUGUGUCGGAUCACGCUUUGACGAUCUUUGACCAUCAUCUUUUGAUGAGGAAAAUAACUUGGACAGUUGUUCAUGUGCUUGGUUUUUCAAGAACAUGUCUUGACUUUGCUUAUCGUUAUAGGUUCUUAGAUGAUCAUGGCUUCAUAUGUAUGUAUGAAAGUUGUCAUUUUGAUCACAGGAGGAUUUAUAAUGCUAAUAAAACUUGAAUCGUUGUGAUUGGUCA